GCCAAAGCCCAGCGCCACCCCACAGGGUGUCUGCGGAGGAAAUGGCGGGAGACUCGGGUGCUCAUUGGGGUCCAAAGGCUGCCCCCGCGGCGGAGAGGCGGUGCUGUAGGUCGAGGUGCAGCUCCGCGGGGGAGGGGGCCUAGCCGCAGCUCCUGCCACACGCCCGCCUGGUGCCCGCAGCUCUGCGAGCCCCGCUCCUCCUCCGCCCUGCGGGUCCUGUCCGCGCGGCAGGGAUGAGCAGCAGGCACGGGCUCGGCGGCGCUAAGCCUGCAGGGCGGGUGAAAGCGCCAGAGGCAAAGCCGCCGCCGCCGCCCCCGUAGUGCCUGGUCCUGAGGGAGACAAAGGAGGAAGGCAGCAGCCAGGAGCGAGCCGCCUGGGGAGGAGGAGGAGGAGGAGUCCAUUGGCAGCUUUGACCUUCUCUUGGUUCUGGGAUUCCCGUGCCACAGGCUGAGACAUUGGACUCCAGCAAGAUGGUUACUGUGGUAACCAAGCUGGUGCAUUACUUGCAUCUAAGCCGCAGAUCUGGCCAGUAUACAAUGAACCAUGAGAACUCUAAGAAGUCCACAGAGAGGCCACAAUUUGACCGCUCAAGUUCCCAGGAUUCCGUGGAUGAGUUGUCUAUGGAUGACUAUUGGAAAGAACUUGAAAACAUCCAUGAAACCAGCGAAAAUAAUCAUAAAGAGCAAGAAGUGGUUGUGGUGAAAGAGCCUGAUGAGGGAGAAUUGGAAGAAGAGUGGUUAAAGGAAGCUGGGCUGUCAAACCUUUUUAGUGAGAGCACAGGAGAUUCCCUAGACAGCAUGGUGUUUCUGUCCACAUUGACGCGAACUCAGACAGCAGCAGUACAGAAGCGAGUGGAGACUGUCUCACAAACCCUGAGGAAAAAAAACAAGCCGUACCAUGUUCCUGACGUCAGAGAUAUCUUCAGGCAACAAAGUGAUUCAAAGGAAAAAGUCUCCGAUGAGAGUGAGCCCUCAUCUGUGACAGCAAGAGAGAAUAAAAAUGAAGCUCAAGAUGAAGUGAAAGAUGAUUCGGACUUCAGCCUCGGUAUCAGUGAAAAGACCAGCCUGCUUGAGGAUGUGCCAGUUUCUGAAACGGAUAUCAAUUUAGAGAUUUCAUUUGCAGAGCAGGCAGCCAAUCUCAAAGACAGCUCAAUAGGCAAAAUGUGCAAAGGCAAAGAGGACGAUACGCUACUUCCUAAUUUCAGAUUGCCAAAGGACAAAACGGGUACCACAAAGAUUGGUGAUCUGGCUCCUCAGGACAUGAAGAAAGUCUAUUCAUUAGCACUGAUUGAGCUAACCGCACUGUAUGACUUACUCGGGACAGAAUUCAAGCAACAGAAGGCCAUAAAAAUCAAAACGAAAGACUCUGGUCUUUUUGGUGUCCCACUGUCAGUUUUGCUGGAACAGGAUCAGAAGAAAGUACCAGGCACCAGGAUACCACUGAUCUUUCACAAACUGAUUUCUCAGAUAGAAGAGGCAAGAUUGGAUACAGAAGGACUUCUUCGAAUACCAGGAGUAGCAGCAAGAGUAAAGAGUCUUUGCCAAGAACUGGAAGCAAAGUUUUAUGAAGGGACUUUCAACUGGGAAAGUGUAAAGCAACAUGAUGCAGCAAGUCUUUUAAAACUCUUCAUCCGAGAACUGCCUCAGCCACUGCUCACUGUGGAAUAUCUCAAAGCUUUCCAGCAUGUGCAGAAUCUUCCAACUAAGAAGCAUCAACUGCAAGCAUUGAAUCUUCUGGUACUACUCCUACCUGAAGCAAACAGAGACACUUUGAAGAUACUGCUUGAAUUCCUCCAAAGGGUAAUUGAUCAUCGAGAUAAAAAUAAAAUGACACUAAAUAAUGUUGCAAUGGUGAUGGCCCCAAAUCUCUUCACGUUUCAUGGGUUAGGCUCAAAGACUAUUGAACAAAGCGAGUUUGUUAUGGCUGCUGGAACAGCAAACGUCAUGCGUUUUAUGAUUAAGUACCAAAAACUUCUUUGGACAAUUCCUAAAUUUAUUGUCAACCAAGUGAGAAAACAAAACACUGCAUGUCAGAAGAAGGAGAAAAAGGACAAAGCUAUGAAGAAACUGCUGAAAAAGAUGGCUUAUGACAAGGAAAAACAUGAAAAGCAAGACAAGAGCCCCAAUGAUGCUGAUGUUCCUCAGGGAGUGAUACGGGUGCACGCGCCUCAGCUUUCGAAAGUUUCCAUGGCAAUACAGCUGACGGAAGAACUAAAAGCCAGUGAUAUAGUAGCCAGGUUUCUCAGCCAGAAGAGUGGAGUUGUCCAAGCUCUCAAGAAAGAAGAGGUAUUUUUAUAUGAAAUUGGAGGAAAUAUUGCUGUGCACACUGGAUGCGAAGGAACUGUUAACAAGAUCAAGACUGGAGAACGCUGCCUUGAUGAUGAUACCUACAUGAAGGACCUGUACCAACUCAACCCAAAUGCUGAGUGGGUUAUAAAGUGCAAGCAUAGUUAAACUCAUAACAAAUUACAAAAGAAAAAUCUGUGGACUGGACUUCGUAAUACUGUGUAUUCUAAAAGGACAGGAUGUUGUUUUAUCAUUCAAAUGCAUUGUACUAUUAAAGGAAUAUUGUCAAGCUUAUUAAAUCACUUACAAGUGGUUUCCACUAAGUUGGCAACAUUUACCACUGUCACCAUGCAGCAAUAUCUGAGAUAUUAGCUUUCCCCGCUAUGCAUAUUUAGACUAAGCAGUGAUUGCAUGGUAACUGAAGUUAAAUGUUGACUUUUCAGUGACAACCAUUGUAUCUUGAUAAUGGUUCCAUCUGGCAGGUCUUAUGUUCACAUCUAUAAUCUUUUUGUGCGAGGGAGAUCUAUAUUGUCUUUAUUUAUUUAUGUGUUUUUCAUAGCGCCUAGCAUGGUGGGGAACCCAACCCUGACCGGGGCUUCUGAGUGCUACAGUAAUAUAGAUAUUAAAUAAAAAGAAUGAUUCCAGAGACAUAAACUUUCCUCAGUCACUGUGAGAUUCAAAGUAGAAAAACUGUAAUGUAAUAUAUCCUGUCUCCGUCUCAAUAAGUGUGCCCCAAUUUUUUCCUUCCGGGGUACAUUUUGAUGAAAAUUGGGAGCUAGUGACUUUUUUUGUGAAAACUUCUAUUUCUGUCCAGCAUUCCUGCUAGACAAACUAAGUUGCACACUCUUUUAUAUUAUUGAUCUAGUGGUUUGCUUGUAUUCUUGAUGGUAAAGAAUUUUUAAAUGGGACCACAUGUCAAGGUGAGUCCAUUUGAAAGCCUACAAUCCUAAGUAGUGUCCUUUGUAAUGUUGGAAUAUUAGCAUCCAGUGUGAAGGCACUGAGCUGUUUUAGUGGUGCCAUACAGGGACAUUGUGAACACUGCUUUGGAUUUUCUUAGACCAUCUGACAGAUUUCAAAACAUUUUGCGAACUGCCAAAAACUGCCAAAUUACUUACAAAUUGCAGAACAGAAACAUUCAGGAUAAAUAAAACAACUGUGGCAAGUAACUGGUCUGAAAUUCACAUUUAGCAAACUACCAAACCCCUCCUCCCCCCUUAGAGCAUGUCUUCACUACAGAGUUAACCCAGGCUCUUAUUUGGUGUUGCCGCUAAACUGGCUCCUGACCACAUACAAAACCCUCUUACCCAACUAUAGUGGUGCUUUAUACCUGGGCUAGCUGGCCUAUCCUGGGGUAUAAGCUAAAGCCCAAGUUCUGCUUUCACUUGGGCUGGUAACCUGCCCACUUGGUAAUGAGGAUGAAGGCUAAACCACUUGAGAGCUGAUAGUCCUUCAGUGCUGUCCCACAAUUUUCCCCAUGUCCCCAGAAGGACAAACAAGUCCCAAAAGUCACCGGGUGAAGAAACAUGGGAUAUGCCCUUUAGCGUCACACACACGUGAGUGCAGCCCCAGUGGAGACCCAGUAACUUGAGUGUGGCUUUGCAGUGUGGCUACUCACCUGAGCUAGAUCAAUGCUGGUGCCACUCAGUUGAUCUAACUCUGAAGCGAAAACACACCCUCUGCACCAAAUUUUCCCUUUGGACACACAUUGAUUUCAUUGAGUUCAAAGGGAGUCUUGUGUACAUAUCCAGGGGAAGAAUCAGGCCUUUUGGACCUGAUCAAACCCAAUGACGUCAAAGGGAAUCUUUUCAACGAGCUUUGGAUCAGGCUCUCACACUGUAUUAUUCACAAGUGAACUUAAAAUUACACGGUUGGAACUGUUGCAUCUGCAACAUAGAUAUGCAAUAGAGUAUAACUGUAAAGGUUAUAGAAUGUGUUCUUUAUAGAAAGAGUUUUGUGCACAUCUGCUGGUUAGUUAUUCCAUUUAGGUGAGACACACAACAUAUGAACAAUUUAUGUUUGUGUGCUUUUGGUAUUCUUUUGUUUUUAUUUUUAAUCAAAACAGCAGAGAAUAUUGCAAUGGGGCAGGAAGAAUUGUUCCCAGGGAUUCUAUAACACAAGUCAUCUUGUGGAUAGAACAAAGACUAUACUGUAAAUACAAGGAAGGGAGUAAGAAACAAAAAAAUGCUUGAGCAAAUAUUUAUGAGUCUAGAAUGUAAUAAAUAUAAGGCAAUUUAGAUGUGUAAUACAGCAAACUGUGUGUUCAUAAUACUUUAGCUAUAGUUCUUUAAAAAACAGCUUACAUGUUACUGGAACUCUAGAUGUUAUUUUAAUCAGGAACAAAGUACUGAUGAGAAGAAUAGCUGUAAAAUUUCACCCUGGUGGCUACGAUAAUUUAAAUAACUUUGUUGCAGGUUUAGUGCCAUUACCUUUUUUUUUAAUUUAAAAAUAAUUUUUAUAAUCAAUUUUUUUUUCUUAAUUCUCUUAUUUUAAUUAUUAUGCUAUAGAAAUGUACACAAAAGCAAUGCUGACUAGUUGUUGAAUAAACUUUUUGUUUUGAAUGCCUCACUUCAUAAUCCGUACGGGUAGUUUAUAGCUUUGUGUAUAAAAGAGAUGUUUCAGAUGAAAA